AUGCGCCCCUCAACCCGCCUCCUCAUCCUCACCACACCCCCCAUCAUCCUAACCUACACCACGCACCGCUACCUCUGCACCCUCGAAGCCAAAUACCCCCCCAUCGACCCAACCACCACCACCAGCCUGGCUCUCCGCACCCCGAGCAACCCAACAACCCAACACUGUCCCGAAGUUGACGUCUACGAGGCCAAACACGUACCAGUGAAAUCACUUCUGAAGCGAUACUCCACACUUCUCCAAUCCCAUCCCAAAACCCAUGACUCCACCACAACCAACAAAGCAACCCUAACCAACGCCUGGAUCCUCACCUUCCUCAACACCAAGCCCCUACUAGUCGAAGGCAGCCUCAUCGGCUUAAUCAAGAAUAAAUCAUACAGUCCCGGGGAUACGGGCGUCACAGACCCGGAGUUCAUACCUACAUCGACACCUACAACCACAUCUUCACUCACAUAUAAACUCUCAUCCCUAUUCAUCACCCCCAAACCCCAAAAUCCACAAGAAAAAAGAAGCGACCGCUCCCUCCUCAACUCCGUCUUCACAAUCCAACACACCUCCGCCCCCACAACAGGCCUCCUACUCUCAUGGCACAUGCCCGACGAACCGCGCCUCUUCUUCGAGAAAAUCGCCCGAUGGGGAUACCCCUGGCGACUGAUGAGCGGGGGGCGACACGAGCUCAGCAUCUCAGAGGUAUAUGUAUACCAGGGAGAAGAAGUAGUCGAUGUACGAUUCGCCUCGGCACAUGAUUAUGAGGUUAUAAGUGACGAAGAACCGAUGCAGAAGAAAGUUCCUGCUUGGGUGGGGAGGUUGCAUCGCGGGUAUGCGAGGGCGUUGGUGGAUUGGGCUGUGAGGGAUUUGGAUGCUUAA